AUGAAGGCGUUAUCUUCGCCACAGCAUCAUAGGCACGGAAUGAGGAGGGUGUCCAAACCUGUUAUGGAGAAACGGAGACGGGAGCGCAUCAAUCGCAGUUUGGAAACGCUCAGAAUUUUAAUGUUGGAAAAUACACACAAUGAGAAAUUGUCGAACCCCAAAGUGGAGAAGGCUGAAAUCCUGGAGAGUGUGGUGCAAUUCCUGAAGUCUGACAAGGAGCAGAGGGGUCCGCGUGCAGUCAAGUCAGUUUUGUCCCACAGGGUGCAGCAAGCUAGCGGCCUCCAGUGCGACUAUCAGGAAGGCAUGAGGUCGUGUCUCUUAAGGAUCCAACGCUUCAUAGCCAGUGAUGAAAAGGGGCUCGGGCAAGUGUCCGGGGAACCCGCUUCGACAAGUUCACCCUCACACAACCACGCUCCGUACCCUUCGCAUCUGAGUCCCCGCUAUCAGUUCAAGGACGGUAUCUUCCCCUCUUCUGUGAGCCAGGGGUCCGGGUAUCAGUACUGUGACACCAGGGAGUUGCUGUCCUCCCCUACAGCUUGCGCCCAAAGUCCAGAUCCCGUGUGGAGACCCUGGCCCCAGUCAUAA